AUGCAACGCGCUCUGAAGUCGGUGACAAUUACCCCUGCUAAACUCUCCAUCGAAUUGUAUCGGGCGCAUGCCGGAUUUGCCGUUUUCACUUCCAUAGUCACAUUGGAAGCUGGAGAAGGCUUGCGUAUAUAUACCGUGAGCAGCACUCCUCUUUUGAAGAUACCCUUGUUAGCAUCUAAUGCAGUCUUCAUCGUCAUUGGCUCGACGUCUCCCAAUCCGCCUCCUAAACCCUCGGAACUGUCGAAGUAUGGCAGACAAGAUAGUAUAUCGCGCGGGAAUUUCAAUGCCUUGCUCCACAUUAUAAAGUCCGUGGCGGUCAUUACAGCAGUGGCUGAGAUCGCUGUCAUUCUCGCCCAGGAAUAUCCCUCUCUCUCUGGGCAUAUAUCCCUCCUUCCACUGUCGCCUAGCAGCGGCGUGCGUGUCACGAACACAUUUGUCGCAAGCGGGACAUUGAUAAGCAUGGGCGGUCUCAUCCGCUGGUGGUGCUAUCGCACACUCGGACGGUUCUUCACAUACGAGCUCUCUGUGAAGGAGGAACAUCAGCUCGUUACAGUUGGGCCGUAUUCCAUCGUCCGGCACCCGAGCUACACUGGCGGGAUUAUGCAGACGAUCGGCGUCGUCUUGUGGUCUCUCGACCCUGGUUCGUGGUGGUCGAAUUUAGGCAGAUUCAGUGUGACCGCACGGAAUAUCUGUGUGGUCUUGUGGCUGAGCUUCUGGAUCAUCUUUGCUGUUUCCGGAGUGAGCAGGCUGUCGAAGGAAGAUAGGAUCCUGAAGAAGGAGUUCGGUGAUCAAUGGGAGAAGUGGUCUAGGAUCACUCCGUACAAACUCAUCCCGUUCGUCUAUUAA